GACCCAUUACGAAUGUUCUAAGGCUUUGUAGACUACUUACAUGCAUUCUAUUCACUCAAGUACAGCAUCAAAAUCAAAGAGAUUCGGUUGAGAUUUUCACGACUUGUCGCUUAACCGUUCACAAACCAGCACAGAAAAACAGCAGUAUUGGUUAUCUACACACACUGUGCACGGUUCUCUGUUUGUUUCCUGACAAUGUUUUCUCUUCAAUCUAGAGCUUAAGUGAGCCUCUUGCCUCCCUGCACGCCGUGAAGAGCCCUUCACGAUAUAACACCGUUUAUAUCGGCCCGCACGAGCCAACAUCAACUUUCAUAAACGGGCCUAUAUUUGUAAUCAUUGUUUUGGGAACCAUUAUAUUGUUAGUGUGUUUCUAAUGUUUUAGUUGCGUUUGAGUGAACAAUUGACUUGUUGUGCUGAACGCUGUUUUGACAAGUUCUCCAGAUACCUCCCGAUAACACGAAAUGGUAUUCGACCAAGUUACACAGUUAGUUAGCGGCCAAACUGCUUUCAGCUCUUUCGACGUUCCCCUCUAUUCGCCCCCAUUGACCCCUUCCCAGUUACCCCGGUCUCUGUUACGUAAUCUAAAACAUUCAUAAUCUGCAAACAUUCGAUAUCUGACCAGUGAAAGCAUUUCAGUCGCCGGCUUUUAAUAACUUCACCCCGUUUUUCAGUAAAAUCAGUUCGAAGGCUUUGACCAUGUUUCACUCAAUCAGGAAAAUAUAUGGAUAAUUUAAAAAUCAACAAAAUGCUCUUCAGGAAAGCUACCUUAGAUUUGAUCAGAAAACUAUUUUCCUGUCUACUUUUGUAUCCUUACGUGCAGGCAAAUAUCAAAUUGAGCUAUUAAAAUUCACAUACAUUAUGGCGGAGAGCGAAAAGGGUAUGGGGGCGAGAAUAGGCUGUCGUUCGGCUCCAGUUCCUUUCGGACCAACCAAUAUGGCGGCUGCAGUGGCCGAAAAUAUGCAAUUAUUUUUCGUGAGGGAUAAAUCAACGAACAAAGGAAUAAAACGCCUUGUGAUCAAGAAAAUAUCACAGACCAAGACCUGAAGGUGGAACAACUCAGAUAACGAAGGCAAAAGUUCUCUGUUUCGAAAGUUUGUUGAUAUGGCGCCGGUGGUUGCAUUGUUUCGUUCCCCUACUGCACCGCCUGCACAAGAUGAAUACCAUAAGGAAUUUCAGGCUCAUGGUUUUGAACCUUUCUCAAUUCCAGUCCUUUCAUUCAAGUUUGAUAACCAACAGGAGCUGACUAAAAGACUCGAGGAGCCAAGUAAAUAUGAAGGUAUGGUUCUCACAAGCCAGCGUGCAGUGGAAGCUAUGGAGCUCUGUGUGACAAAUUUUAUAUCACAUGAAGUUUGGAGAUGUGAGACUGUAAAAGGGUGGAGAGAAAAGGCAAUAUUUGUGGUUGGAAAAGCUACAGCAAAGGCUGCCAGUGAGAGGCUUGGACUGGAAAGUUCUGGACACGACACAGGCAGUGCAGAUGCUCUGGUUCCAAUCAUUCUUCAGUCCAUCAAGCCCAGUAGUAGUCCACUAUUGUUUCCGUGUGGUAACUUGAGAAGAGAGACAAUACCAAGUGAGAUGGCCAAAGCAGAGAUAGCACUUGACGGUAUUCAGGUAUACAGUACAUGCGCUGAUUCCAAGAUAAAGCAGUCUUUGGAAGAUUUUAUACGAGAAAAGGGGCUUCCAUCGUUUGCCGUAUUUUUCAGUCCUUCAGGAGUUAACUUCACACAAGAGAUUCUUUCUAGCAUUCCUGGAUGGUGUAAUGUUAAGGUUAACUGAUUACUGUGCUUCUUUUACUGUUUCCUGCUGGCUUCUUUAUAACCAACGCACAUUUGAGGUCUUCACCUUUUCAAGACGUUGUAGCCGGGACGGAAGUCAUACACUAGACACACAAGGCCCCGUCCACACGAAUUGCGGUCGUUUCGCCCUAAAGCCAGUUUCCCCGGGGAAUUUGAAAACGGUGUUUUCGGGUAACCCGAAAACACUGACCCCCGGUCCGCG